AUGCAUUCUCAACGACCACUAUCAUAUGCCCCUACGCCUUAUAGCUAUACGCCAAACCCAGCGUUAUCCGCCACGAUUAACCUCGAUGAAGAAGUCAAGCUCGCAUCGAGCUCCGCCGAGCGCGACCUCUACGAGUCGCUCGCCGAAAUAUACAGCAUUAUCGUUACCUUGGAUGGAUUGGAAAAAGCAUACAUUCGCGAUGCUAUUUCAGAGUCCGAGUAUACAGAGACAUGUGCUCGCUUAUUGAAGCAAUAUAAGUCGACGUUGGGUGACGACACGGUAGCGCGAGAAUUUGUCGACUUGGAGACAUUCAAGCGCACAUGGCAGUUGGAAUGCCCUCGAGCUACCGAACGUCUACGCAUCGGUUUGCCGGCCACCGUCGAACAAGCAUCCCACGGCGCCCACACUCCAAGCGGCGGCCUGCCAACCAACGCUCCUGCUGCCGGUGCUUCCGGAAGUCUCAUUCUCACUGCAACGGAAAACUUCAUCACCUUCUUGGAUGCCUUGAAGCUGAACAUGGUCUCGAAAGACGCCCUGCAUCCGCUUUUAUCCGAGGUUAUUCAAUCGGUCAAUAAGGUCACAGAUCGGGAUUUCGAAUCACGGGGAAAAAUCAUACAAUGGCUCAUCACUCUCAAUCAAAUGCGCGCAACGGAGGAACUGAGCGACGACCAAGCCCGCGAAUUGUCUUUUGACAUCGAGCAAGCUGACAUCGCAGUCCUCGAUUUGCCGCAAUUAUAUACGAAACCCUCGGCUAUUGAAAUUCUGAAGGCCCUUGAUCACUUAGCUAUCCAACCGAAGAGCUUUGGUCUUGGCGUCCGAGAUGCGACAAGACGAAAAAUAGACCCUACCGGUGUGACAGAGUACCUCACGACCAUAAUCUCUAGUUCUCUGAAGUGGCUAGAGUCCGAUGACCUGCGAGAACAAAUAUGGGAUGUUGCUGCUGCCAGGCUGAGUGAGCGAGCAGGCCGAACAGCUAUGCCUGCUUUUACUAGACUUUUCAAUAUUCCUACGUCAUCCGGAGAAGAAUUCACUCUCAACUUACACGAACCCUCCCUCACCUCGGACAACCUUGGGAUGAAAACUUGGGUAUCUUCGUACUUACUCUCGCGUCGCCUGGACUCCAUCUUUGAAGCCGUACCAGAACUAGUGCGAUCUGAGUCAACAACAUCAUCAACGAGUACUCGGCUUAGGGCAUUGGAAUUAGGCUCAGGGACCGGCCUUGUCGGUCUAUCUUUUGCUGCCCUACGAGGUGCAUCCGCCUCAAUACAUUUAACCGAUCUGUCGGUUAUCGUUCCUAAUCUGGCAAAAAAUGUUGAGCUGAAUUCCGAGCUACUGAACAAGGUCAAUGCCAAGGUCACGACGGGAAUGUUGGAUUGGUCUGUACCUCCCGCUCCGCAUCCCACGAAAGACGACCUAUUCGAUGUCAUUCUUGCCGCCGAUCCGCUUUAUUCUCCCGACCAUCCCAAGUGGCUCGUUGAAACGAUUAACACAUGGUUAAGCAAGGGCCUUGACGCGCGUGUCGUAGUUGAGUUACCACUACGAGAUGCAUAUCUACCGCAAGUCGAAGAAUUUCGACGAAGAAUGGAGAACAUUGGUCUAGCUAUUGUCGAACAGGGUGACGAAACGGGCUACGAUGACUGGGAAGAUGCCGACGGUCAAUCCAUGGAAGUGCACUGUUGGUGGUCCAUUUGGGGAUGGAGUGAGAAGAUUUGA